UAGAGCCUCCAUGCAUUGCAUUCUAUCCUCAUAAGGUCCUGGAUGUCAUUACAGAAAGGUCCCAGUUCGACAACAGCAACAACAGCAACAACAGCAACAACAGUAGCAACCGCAACACCUGCAAUUGCAACUGCAGCUGCAACAACAGUAACAGCAGUAGCAACAACCACAGCGAUGCCGCCAUCCAUUUGGCUAUAUCGAGAAGGUCGACAAAUCUGGCCUCUCAGGAUCCUCUUUUACCACUAGACAAUCUGAUUCAAUCUUUCAAUUCAUUUCUUACUAGUCGCAACAAUACACAAAUUGAGGCGAUCAACUCUAACCUUGAGAAGCUUGCGGAGUUACUCUUGGGGGCCAAAGAGAAGGACGACAAGAUGAUUAAUAUGCUGGAGACCAAAGAGACGAUGACUAACCUAUUGGAAACCAAGGAGGAAAUGAUUAAUUUGCUGUUGGAAACCGAAGAGAAGAACAAUGAGAUGAUUAAGCUGCAAGACAAGAUGCUUAAGAUGCAAUUGGAGGCUAGGGAGGAGAAGGAUGAUAAAAUACAACAUCAAGCCCUCGACAAAUUUACUAUUCUUCAAAAGCAUGCCCAUGCUAUCCUCACUCAGGGCCUUGAACCUCACGAAUGCCCAAUUCCUCGACUAUUUAUCAUUUUACCUGUCGACCAUACCAAAUGGGACUCAAUGAAUGUUUUGAAGAACAAGUUCCGUCUUCAUUUCCUAUGUGAAUGUGGAAAUCACACUGCAAUGGCAAGCAAGAGUACCGAAAGUCAAAUUCAUAUUACCAAACAUAAGGGAUAUGAAAUCCGAGACUGCAAGGGAUUCUUUCACAAGUAUGGAAAAUACAUGUUCAUCCUCUUACAAUGGCUCAAGCUGGGGAUGCUCUCGUCUGCUCCUCUCAAUUGCUCAAUCGACUACAUGGAAACGUUCUCCAAGAAGUACCCAGCCUUAAAUAACAUCACUACAAUCGAUGACUAUGAGGGACUCGAAGAAGCUGAUCUUCAACAGCUGGGGGCCUUUCUUCGAGUCGAUGAUGAAGGUGACCAAUUUGGCAACUUGUACAGAAUCACGACCGAAUCAGGCCAUGUUAAAUGGGUUUGCUUCCAACAUUAUCGUUCGGCGUAUAAAGAAAAGGAGCAGAAAGCGUUUGAAAAUGCAGUGAAGGUAAAUGGCGCUAAAUACGAUCCGCAUCUCGGCAAAGUGAUUGCUACAUUGAAAUCUAGAGACAAAGUUAUAGGAUUCUUCGAUGCCCUAACUAAUGCAAGACGUGUUUACGAGUUGGAUAUCACAUUUGAUUGCGAUUGGGCCGAGCCUGACCUUGUGGUACUUGAGAAAGCUCUAGCGGCAUUAAAUGUAUCGACUCUUCGACUUGGGCUUGAACGGGCUAGCGGGAAAGCGGAUUCAACACCUUUACGAUAUCAAACACUUGUUCGAAUCAUAGAACUCAGCAAUAUAAAAGCGAUUCAUAUUGCUCUAUCUCCAGAUCUUAUAAAACUCCCCAGUUUACGACCUGGAAGAUCGUCGCACCUUCAUAAGCUAUCUUUUGAGAUGAAAGUUCACCAGCUUGAAGCCGAUGAAUUAUUGGUGGUUGUAAAUUAUCUCAAAACCAACACGGCUUUGACUGCUUUGAACUUGGAUCUCAGCCGAAUUAAAAAGAAAGAAGUUCUGGCACUGGCAGAGGCACUCAAGGCCAACACAACUCUGACUACUUUGGGUUUGGAGAGCAACCUGAUUGGGGAUGAAGAAACUCUGGCACUGGCAGAGGCACUCAAGGCCAACAUAACUCUGAGUACUUUGACUUUGGCGGGCGACUCAAUUGGGAAUAAAGGAGCUUUGGCACUGGCAGAGGUACUCAAGGCCAACACAACUCUGACUACUUUGACUUUGGCGGGCGACUCAAUUGGGAAUAAAGGAGCUCUAGCACUUUUAGAGGCGCUCAAAGGCAAUACAAGCUUAAUCAGUUUAUGCUUAGAGUGUGACUCAAUAGGGGAGGAAGGAGCCCUGGCACUGUCAGAAGCACUUGAAGCCAACACAACUUUGACCUAUUUAGGCUUGUGGAGCAACCUAUUUGGGAAGGAAGAAGCCUUGCUACUGUCAGAAGUGCUCAAGGCUAACACUACUUUGACCGGCCUAAACUUGCACGGCAAUUCACUUAGGGAUGAAGGAGCUCUGGCUCUGUCAGAAGCGCUCAAGGUUAAUGUGACUUUGGUCUCUUUGGAAUUGGAAAGAACCCUAAUUGGGAAUGAAGGAGCUCGGGCACUGGCAGAGGCACUCAAGGUUAAUGCGACUUUGGUCUCUUUAGGUUUGGAAGAAAACCUAAUUGGGAAUGAAGGAGCUCGGGCACUGGCAGAGGCACUCAAGUCUAACAUGACUUUGACCACUGUGAAAUUGGGGCGAAACUUUGUUGGAGCAAAAGAAACUUUAGCGCUGUCAAAGCUACUCAAGACCAACAUUAUUUUGACCACAUUGGACUUGGAGAGCUGCUGGUGACUCGGACAGUGUCAGGGGCACUCCAGGUCAAUGCAGCUCUGACUCUUCAUAAACAAGCGCACCUUAAUCGAUGAACGAGGGCCCCGAUACUGUUAGAGACGUUCAAUUCUGUCUGAUCGACUUUUGUUUCGUUUUUUUAUUUUUUUAUUAUUAUUAUUAUUAUUAUUGUUUUGUUUUAUUUUAUUUUAUUUUUUUAAUUUAAGUUGUAC